UCCAUCGGGAGCGCUCUUGCAAAACAGUGGACGCGCGCUCCCGCGGUACGGUGCUAAACAUGGCUGCUCUCAGUAAGUCCAUACCGCAUAGCUGCUAUGAGAUAGGACACACCUGGAGUUCCUCAUGUACGACCUCCACCCUGCAGGUGACAGCCGGCGCUCUGGAGGCCUCCUUCAAGAUAUAUGCUCCUCUGUAUCUGAUUGCAGCAAUUUUAAGAAGGAGAAAAAAGGAUUAUUACAAGAAAAGGCUGCUUCCCGAGAUCCUGCAAUCUACAUCUUUCCUGACCGCAAAUGGAGGCCUCUACAUUGCGUUUUUCUGCAUUCUCCGGAAGCUGUUGGGACGUUUCUACUCCUGGUCAGCCGGCUUUGGGGCGGCACUGCCGGCCUCAUACAUCGCCAUACUAAUAGAGCGGAAAAGCAGGAGAGGACUCCUAACGAUUUACAUGGCGAACCUGGCGACAGAGACGAUUUUCCGGAUGGCUGUCACAAGGGGUCUUGUUAAGCCUAUGAAACAUGGAGAGGUUCUUCUCUUCUGCUUGACUGCAUCUCUUUACAUGUUUUUCUUCAGAUGUAAAGACGGACUGAAUGGCUUUGCAUUCUCUGCCUUAAAAUUUAUAGUUGGCAAGGAAGAGAUCCCGACACACUCUUGUCUGGCUGAGCAUGCAUACGGACAGGGUUCGGAGAGAGACGCGCAGCCACCGGAUGAGAGACAGGAGCACACACCUGCCUCCAGGGGGAGCUGCAUCAGAGCAUUUACACGCAAACUCCUUGACUCUAUAUGCAAACAUGGACCCAGGCAUAGAUGUUGCAAACACUAUCAAGACAACUGCAUCUCCUACUGUGUUAAAGGUUUCAUCCGAAUGUUCAGCGUGGGUUACCUCAUUCAGUGCUGUUUGAAGGUUCCAUCAGCAUUCAGACAGGCCUUUACAAAACCCUCUCGACUGCUCUGGCUGCUCUACAACAAAGAGAACUUCCAGCUAGGAGCUUUCUUGGGAUCUUUUGUCAGUAUAUACAAGGGCACAAGCUGUUUACUGAGAUGGAUGCGUAACCUGGACGACGAGCUCCAUGCUCUCAUAGCAGGCUUUCUUGCUGGCACCUCAAUGUUCUUUUACAAGAGCACCACCAUCUCCAUGUACCUCUUCUCCAAACUAGUGGAGACAUUGUAUUUCAAAGGGAUCGAGGCAGGCAAGUUUCCGUACUUCCCUGAGGCCGACACAGUAAUCUAUGCCAUCUCCACUGCCAUCUGUUUUCAAGCAGCGGUUAUGGAAGUGCAAAAUCUGAGACCAUCGUACUGGAAGUUUCUACUGCGGCUGACGAAGGGCAGGUUUGCUCUGAUGAACAGAAAAGUGCUCGAUGUUUUCGGGACCGAGGCUUCCAAACGCUUUGGUGACUUCACGCCUAAACUUGACCCCAGGUAUGUGCUGUGUCCCAUCGACAUGGACGUGCAGCUGGGCUGACAGGCCCAUGGGUAUCUGCGAGAUGUCUUCCCAUAGACCAACCAUGACACGAAGGCACGGAAAGCUCUUGCACACGAUCUCUCUCUCUCUUACAUUCUCUUGCCCUGGCGCUCAAUGUCAUUAAAUGUGAAGUGAAAGUGUGAAGGCAGUUAUAUGUUUACGUUGAUGUGGAUCUGAACCAUUUUGCAAUGUAAUUACCGCAGGCAAGAUGUGACCUCUUUGUACGCACAAUAUCAGCAUUGGUUUGUCUGAAGAUGAUUUGAAGUUCAUAGGAUAAUGGUUGCUUAUUGGAUUUUCAAGGACAGAGUGACAGAGCAGGAAUGUGUUCACGCUAACUCAGCAAUUUCUGGACUGCUUGGGAUCUUUUUUUUUUUUUUUUUUCUUUUAAAAAAAAUCUAGGUAGGAAAGUACAGAGGCAGUUGUUUACAGCACAGUUAGCCACCUCAGAAGGUGAUGCUGGAUUAUUUUUGGUCAUUGUAAUUUCAAAUCCUACCAAAAAUGAUCAAAUCAGUAAUUAACUGUCUGGAUAGUCAGGAUAUGCGGGUUAAGCCAUGUAAAAAGACCUUACUGACAUCAGGGUUGUGUAUGAUCUCUUCUUUGUCUUUAGUGUAAAAAUAGGAAUAUAUUGAGACCUUCUCAUAAGUACAGGUUUUAUGGAAAGUUAUUAGUACAGAACUUAACAUUUAUUACCCACCUUUUAUUGCAGAUUUAAUAGUGACAGGUAGUUUCAGGAGAGAAAAGCAGAUUAAAACUCAUCCUAAUGGACUUUCACCUUCACUUUCCGUAGCAGAGUUUUCUUUUAAAUUAGCAAUAACAAUAUAGAGUGAAAUCUGACAGUAUAAUCGAAGUAUUGCUGUGUAUUUGAAAUGUAAUUUAAUAUGUAAAAAGAAAGAAAGCCUUAUGUCUUUGAUGUUUGUAUAAAUGCAAAAGCUUUAUAUUAAACAACUUCUGACG